AUGGGAGAUACAAGUGCUAGAAAGGAAAUCGAGGAAACCUCUCAGAACGCUUCAAUCACUAAGGAAACUGCUGCUCAUCUUGAGCAAACUUUGCUGAGAUUUCGAGAAGAAUUGGAACAAGUUCGAAACCUGGCAAGUCUGUCAAUCACUCUUGUUGCUGCUGAUGCCAACAACCAGAACCAUACUACACCACCAGCACAACCCGCUCAUGCCCAAGCCUGCAACACCUGCAACAACACUCCACUGCACAGUCAGCCAAUCGCCAGUGCAAUCGACACAAAUGACAAGAGCUCCCUCAUUCAGAAUUUGGCUGCUGAGAUCAAGAAGUUGACUAGCCGGGUCAAAGAUUUCGAAGGUAACAAAAGUGUUGAAGGGUUAAAUUACGAAGAUAUCUGUGUUCAGCCAGAUGUUGAGCUCCCGGAAGGGAGGGACGAGAAGAUUCGCAUGAAGCUGUUCAUGAGGAGUUUGAAGGGUGAUGCUUUAUCAUGGUAUAUUAGCCAGGAUGCAAAGAAAUGGACUAGUUGGGUGAACAUGGCGUCUGACUUUAUGGAUCGGUCAGAAGCUGCUAAGGCCAGACCGGCCUUGGAGGAAGAACAAAUGAACAGGUUAUUCAUCCGUGCUCAGGAUCUGCAGUACUACGAGAGACUGAUGUUAAUAGAGGGCCAAAAGUUCUCCGACGUCAUCAAGUUGGGAGAAAGAAUCGAAGAAGGCAUCAAAAAUGGUAUGGUCACUAACCUCGACGCGUUGCAAGCUACCAACAAGGCUUUACAGUCUGGUGGCUCAUCAAAGAAAAAGGAUGUGAAUUCUAUGAUGGCUGCGCAAAGGAACAACUCCCCUAUGAAGUACCAAACCUAUUCCUCAGCUCCACUCACAUAUCAACCUACCCUAAAUUACCAAGCACCAUCACCCACCUACCAAAUUCCAUCACCUGCUCCACCACCUACGUAUGAACCCGCUUCACACAGAUAUUCCCAACCCGCACAUAUAUACCAAGCAUAUAACUCCCAACCUUCUCACUACCCAUCACCUCCUACCCGUCAAAACUUCCCUCGACCUAGACCAAACUUUGACCGCAAACCUCCCAGACAAUAUACCGCCAUAGCCGAGCCAAUUGACCAAUUAUAUCAAAAACUCAAGGCAGCUGGUUACGUUACCCCUAUCCCAGCCAUCAUUAUAGCAAAGGAGCCCAAUCCUAAUGUCUGCAACAACCCUCUGCCUGACCAUGAGGGUAGAGGCAUCCACAUGAUCGAGAUCGAAGAUGAUUGGGACCCCAAGGGGUCAAUCGGGUUGAUAGCUGAAGGAGACGAGCCUAAGAAGCCAAUAGUUACUCUCAAUCCCAUUGUUGACCAAAUUCAGCCAUCUGAGGGCGAUGUGGUAAAUGUGUCCGUACCACUCGAGUUUGAAGCACCACCUUCAAAGGUGCCAAAACCAAUUGAGGUUGAGUUCGGAGUUCCAAGGGCGCCUACGCCGUUUGAAGUUAGUGUGUUACCUCCGAAGGCACCAAUUCUAGUCUCCAUGACAGAUGUAACCCCGUUCAAGACAAAUGCUAUACCUUGGGAUUACACUGCUGAGGCUAGAAGGAAGGGAAAUACAUAUACUGGGGAAGCGAUUGCCGCAAAGGGCAUGACCAGGACAGGCAGAGUAUACACCCCGGAACACUUGGCUGAGUCCAGCAAGCAGGCCUCCGGGCGGGCUGUUAAAACUGGACCCGAUGACUUUUGGAGGAAG